ACCCUUUCAUACUGUAUUCUGUAGCGCUUAUUAUUAAUUUUCCAUAUAAGAUGUUCAAUUUAGGGAGGUUAGUUGACGGAGAUGCUAAACUUCAUGAUGAUUUGUGAUAUGCUUAAUGAGUUAAUUACUUAAUUGAAUGAAUGAAUUAAAUUGAAUUUGGAGGAUUUAGGAUGACAAUGUGUAGUUGUAAACUUGUUGCUUAGAAAGAGUGUUUUAGAACUGAUAUGAGCUGGACAGAUUAGAAUUUAGUGUUUUGGGGGGAUUGUUAGGGUUUUGGAAAUCAUGAAGCUAUGGGCAUUGGCUCUUGCUCAGUUGAGGUUGUGCUGAAGAAAAAAUUAGGAUAAAUCUGAUUCUGAUUUGGGGUGUUCUUUGUUAAUGUUGAUGAGUUUGUUAACUGUUAACAUCCAUCUAUGAUGAGCUUGAUCGAGUGGAAAGAGAAGAAAAACACUACAUACUAGCUACUUACUUUUGGUAUUGGUAAUGAGGAAGCUUUGUGCCUCUGUUGAUAUGAUUUAAGUUGGAAUGCUAUAUGUGGAAAAUUGAUAAUGUUGUCGGAUGUGCAAUGUAUUAUUGGAACAAAGAGGGUAAUUUGACUUGAUAUUAGCAGUGCAAUGUUAUUUUUGAGGCUUCCGGUUCUUCAGUUUUAAACAUCGUCCGACAUUCAAAGGAAGAUUUCACAUUUCUAGUGCUAGUUAGUACCUCAGUAGACUGGAAUUGAUCGAGAUAUUUGGUUGUUGCCGGACGAAUUUGUAGUGUUAUUCUUCCUUUUGCUGCUGCUACUUCAAUGUAUUUCGGCUGUACUUUUCUGAUGAGGACUGUCGCAGGUGGAUGGUUCAUUUCAUUCACCAGAAUGGCAUGCUGCUCGUUUGGCAAGUCUCAAAACUUCUCAUACAAUUACUUGGGAGGAGUACAAGAAGAAGCAAAAGAAAUGAGAAGGGGAGAGUUGGAAGCGGAUAAAGACAAGAUGAUGAGAGAGUAUAGAGCUCAGCUAGACGCUGAAAGAUCACGUAAACUUGCACAAGGGAAAAACCACUCCAGCAGCAAAUCCAAGCUCAAAAGGGAUAAGAAGGACAAAGAUUCAAAGAAACACAGCAGCAAGAAGCGAAAGCGUUCGAAGAGAUCUUCGGAUUCCAGUUCAAGCUCGUCAUCAGAAACAUCGAGCAGUGAUGAUGACGAGAGAGAGUCAAAGCGAUCAAAGUCGAGGUCAAGGUGGAGCAAGAAAGAGAAGAAGCGGCGUUCAAGAUCAAAGCACUCGAGCAGUGAAAAUGAAGACGCUAACGGGCCUUUGCCGCUCUCCAGAUUCUUUGGGAGCGUGAAAAGUUGAUCUCAGCUCAACGGUGACAUGUACUAUGUAAUAUUUUAUGUGGAUUUUGAGCAAAAAGAAAAAUUAAAUUUUUAUUGGAAUUUCAACAAUUUUCCCUUUAAUUACAUUUAUAUAUGAAAAAUCGA